AUGGAUGAAAAUAAAGUUUGGGAAGACUUAUCUAACAUUCCAGCAGAUCCACCUGUGAUGCGUCAAGUGUGCGUUAACUGCGAGAGACCGAGAGUUGUUUGCUGGUGUGCAGCAUUACCUGCAAAACGACUUAAUCCACAAAGCACAGUCAUAUUAUUACAGCAUCCUGCUGAGGAAAAAAGGUGUUUGAGAACGGCUCCUAUGCUACAAUUGGGCUUGGCAGAAAAUAAGUGCCUUAUUUUCAAAGGGAAAAAAUUUCCACAGCCAAGACAUGAAAACCUAGAAAAUAUCCUGUUACAACCUAAUACCCUGCUACUAUAUCCUAGCAAAUCGGCCAUUGACAUCAAAGAAUUUGCAAUUAUUGAUAAAAUAUAUAAUAUUGUUUUACUUGAUGGGACAUGGCCUCAAGCAAAAGCAAUAUAUGCAUCAAGCCCGAUAUUGCACACUUUGAAACAAGUUAAACUGUUAACAAGUAAUACUAGUAGUUAUAUUAUCAGAACACAGCCAACAGAGGGCUGUUUGAGUACUUUAGAAACGGCAGCAGAGACCUUGUCAGUACUUGAAAAAGAUGCAAUAUAUAGAGAACAACUUAUUCAGCCACUGCAUGUGCUUUGUAACUAUCAACUAGAAAAUGGUGCUGUAACUCACCAAUCAAAAGAGUUUUUAAUAAAGACCAAGAUGUAUCCAAAAUUAAUUGGUAAAAGGUUGUCUAAAUUGUUAAGAACAACAGAAGAAAAUAUAUUAAAUAUUACUUGA